CUUCAUUCGCAGCACCGAGGAUCUUCAUCCAACUCUGCAUGAGCGACACUCGACGUUCGCAUUUCAGUCGAUGUCCUCACUCAGCAUCUAGCCAAGAUGACAUUCUCGCACUGGGAUCCACCCGUACCUCUGUGGUCCGCCACGGACAAGUCGUCUUUCGCCUACGAGUCCACCUCCAAGCGAUGGCCCGAGAUCUUGGCUGGGACAAUCAGCGGCCUCGUGAAUGCCUCGCAUGCCCUCUCCUACCAGAACGAUGGUGAAAAUGUGACGGGCAAGAUGGAAGAGAGCAAAAUCAUCAUCGAGAAGCUGAGCAAGCUGAAACAUGACAUGGGAAGAGAUAGGCCGCUCGAAGCGAUUGGUUUGAGCGAAAGCGAUGAGUUGGGCACCGCGGAAUUCGACGAGGUGGUCAAGCAGAAGGGCUGGACCUGGUUCAAUGCGCCGUGGCUGUUUGCCGAGUGCUACCUGUACCGCCUCAUUCGAUCCUUUUUCGCUACGAGUCAACACUGGAAGUACUACGACCCAUUUGCCGCACAAAAGAUCUCGGCUUUUAGAAGCAGCGGCAAAGCGAUCAAUGAGCUGGCAAAGACGGUGGAGGAACUUGUACGCAAAGCAGAGAGCGCUCAGACGUCCGACUCGAGCAAGGCUGCUGCUGAAGGUGGCGAAGGGCAAAAGCUCAUCUUCUACUUGCUGGCGCAAUCUUCGCUGUGGGGCAAUGCUACCGACCUUUCCUUGCUCACGUCUCUCUCACACGCCGACAUUCAAGAUCUGCAAGCAGGUGGACUGAGCACCUCGGCCCAAGCCGAGCGAGCCAAGUACAUCCUGACCGGUCUCGGCGGCUUGGACCAAGCGUGGGCAAAGGUCAGCGCGGCGAAGGACGGAAGGGUGGACUUUGUGUUGGACAAUGCUGGCUUCGAGGUCACUACGGAUCUGCUCUUUGCCGACUGGCUGCUUGCAACAGGGCACGUCAAGGAAGUCGUCUUUCAUCCCAAGGUGCUCCCUUGGUUCGUAAGCGAUGUGACGCCGGCCGACUUCCAUUACACCCUCGCAGCGCUCCAAUCUUCCGACUUCUUUACGGAUGUCUCAGCCGGACAGAGCGACGGCGGCAAGAAAGCAGCAGAGAGCGCGGCUGCGAAAGCAGAACUCGACCCGAGCUACUUUCUCAACGCUCAAGGCGCAUCCGUUCAGCCCUCGCAGUCGUACGUCAUCGAUACAUCCGCGGUCACCAAACACGUUUCCGCUGCGCAAAAUACAAGUGGUUCCACGGCCAUUCAGAGACUUGCGGCUCGAUGGAGCAAGCACUUAUCCGAAGGACGCUUCCGACUUGCUUUCGAUGGCAAGCUGGGGCAAGCAGCAGGCCCGCUGGGUGAUUUCUGGACAUCUUUCCACUUCUAUGCCGACUUGCCAACUGCGGCUCUAGAACUCAACGCCGACCUUCGGAAGUCGAGUCUCGUCAUCUUCAAAGGAGACUUGAAUACUCGUAAACUGCUCUCGGACGCUCGAUGGCCCGACACUACGCCGUUUGACCAAGCAAUGGGACCCCUGGCCGGACAAUUCGAUACGCUUGUCUUGCGCACGUGCAAAGCGGACGUCUGUGCAGGCUUGAGCCAGGAGAGAUUCGAAGCUGUGCAAAGGGAGGAUCCGAAAUGGCGCGUCAAUGGCAAGUGGGCCAUCAUUGUGUAUGUCGCCCGCAAAUAGAGCGCCUGGGACAUCCGGCGGCUGGUCGCUUCGCUCGCCUGACAGCUCAUCGGUGGACCAGGAUGCAAUGCACAUCGAUGUCGAAUCGACACUCGGAGACUGAGCGCUUGCAACUCAUGCCAAAUACGCCCGUCUCCGUCUCUCGGCACGAAAUUCCACACGCGAACUCAUCGUCUAGCUUGAAAUCUUUCGAAUUUACGCCCUGACCCAUUUGCUUUCAACUUCCAUGAUGCUGGUCUCAUUGUUCGUCUUCUCAUCGUAAUCUGUCCACUCCCCAUCCUCCAGAGCGAUGUCGUCAAACUUGGUGCCGCUCUCUUCGCCCGCGCAUCUCCAGGUCAUCUGAUCCGCUUGGAAGCCGACGGGCUCCAAUCCUCUGAACUCUAGAGUUGUCAAACGCGCAUAGUCUGGACCGGUGUAGGACUGCCAGAGGGGCACCUUGGAAGUGGGCGUGUCAA